AUGAACUUCCCCUCUUGGAGACGUGAUUUCUGUCUUUUCACCAGAGCCAAGAACAAAGCAGCCUUUCUUACUGGUGAUCUUCCCCCUCUACCUGCAAUAGAUUUGAAUCACAAUCAAUGGCACACUUGCAAUCAAAUAGUGAUGUCUUGGUUUCUCCAUUCAGUUUCUCCCGAAAUGAAGACAAGAAUAAUGUAUCUUGAAUCUGCUACAACUAUGUGGACUGAACUACACAACAGAUUUGACCAAGGAAAUGGGCCACUGAUUUUUGAGCUCAGAGAAACUCUCAUCAGAAUUCAUCAAGGAGCAGAUUCUGAUCCUACACAUCAUAUAUCAAUUGGGAUUGCUAAAAAGCUCCACAAUCAUUAUGUUCUUCCAAGCUCUUCGGCUUCAUCAUCCUCUAUACAUUAUAAUAGCUGUACAAAUGUAGACCAAUAG